AUGAUGUCAGCGUUACUCAACGCGCUUUGGAAGAUGCUCGGAAUUUCCCUUUACACGCAAGGGCUGAAGGGGAUCAGGAGUUCCAAGCUCCGUGAUGGAACGAAGAUCAGGGAUGCCGUUGAUUACGCCAAGAAAUCGAAAAUCAGAUGGGCCGGACACGUUAUGCAAUAUAGUGAGGACCGUUGGACCAGAGAGGUUACUGACUGGAUCCCUCAGAACGUCAAGCGAACGCCAGGACGGCCGCCAACGAGAUGGUCCGACUUCUUCUCGAAAGCUCUGAGCGAAAGGAAUGUUGAACCUCGUGUCCCAAAGGCCCGCUAUGGCUCGUGA